GCAGCUUACUAUAUACAUGAUAUAUAACGAAUGCACAAGGUAUGUUUUAUUGUGGGCCGAGACCAUGAAGAGAACUAAAUCGAUAAAGUACUGGUCAGUAUUCGAUAAAUUAAAUCCUAUUCAAACAAUUCAUUGAUAAAGUACUUAGUGUGAACGUACAUAGCUAUGUAAAGUAAGUGAAGUAUUCAAAGCACACAACACAGGACGUUGAUUUGCUCACUACGAGAGAGCUGUUCCAAUAUCACUGAUUAGUUGAUGCAUAUGGAUAUUACAUUAUUCCGUGCCAUUAAUGCCUUUGUAUGUUGUAUGGGAUCUUCACAGGUAACCCAGCCAGGUGUAACUCCAGGACUAUUCCGAGCAAAUGGUGUAUUUUCAGAAACGUUAGUCCUGUCCUGACCUGCUAGCUUCGAUGAAAUCGGGCGUCGACUAACGGAUGAUCAAGAUGUCACCAUGUCCCUCCAUCAGUCGCAGGCAAUUGUUGUUUACUCUCUCUGCCUGCUCCAUAUUGGUAAUUACUCUUCAAUUGAUAUCAACUAAAACUAUGAUCUUCCAACCCAAAGUUACCGUCCAGUUAUCGUCCACCACAGAUGCAUGCGCGACGUGUAUAACUUCAUACAACCGACCUGAAACAUGUGAUAAUUGUUUCGCCCACAACUUUAACUACACGAUUAAUAACAGAAAUCUAUGCAAAAGUAUACCUGGCUCGCCUAGGGUAGAAAUACUUGUCUUGGUCACAUCAUCGGCUCAUGAAAAAGACAGGAGAGAUGCAAUACGAAAUACAUGGGGUGUAGUUGCAUCACCUUCAAGUAGUUUACGACUAGCUUUUUUACUAGGAAAACAUUCCAACGAUACUGUCAAUGCUUUACUUAGAGAAGAGAAUAAACUCCACUAUGAUCUCAUACAAGAGGAUUUUGAAGAUAGCUACAUGAACUUAACUCUGAAAUCCGUCAUGGCCCUUAAAUGGGCUGUGAACUUUUGCAAAAAUACCGAUUACAUUAUGAAAACCGACAGUGAUAUGUUUAUCAACCUUGACAAUCUGAAGGACAUCUUGAAAGAAAAUCCUCUAGGGAAUGAAAUUGGUGGCUUUGCAAAGCCACCCGAAAGUCCCAUAAGAGACCCACAUUCAAAAUGGUAUACACCAGAAUCCUUUUAUCCUAACUCAACAUUCCCAUGGACAUUUUCAGGAACAGGAUAUGUCAUGAAAUAUGAAGUAGCAAAAGAUGUACUCGCCAUGAGUAAAAACACUCCAUUUUUUCAUCUUGAGGAUAUCUACAUAGCAUUUAACAUACACAAACUUGGUUAUGGAGUUAAAUUUCUAGAUGGGUUUAGCACUGAUAGGACUUUCCUAGACCCAACAUACUACUGUGCCUGCGUUACCUCAAGCCACCAACUGCUGCCUAGAGACCUAUAUCAAAUCUGGAAAGAAAUGGAUGAUAUGAAAUGCUCCGUCGUUCGCAAAAGUUUGAGAUUUGGCAAUCAAUGUCGCAAUCUUCACAUUAAGCAUACAAUGUGGGUCAUUCUAAAGUAUGGACUCAUAGGAAUUUUAGUAAUUAAUAUACCUUUAUAUGUCUUAUUGACAUAUCUAGGGAGACAAGGAAAAUUUAUUAAUUCUUAUCAUAAGACAUUGUACUCUUUGAGUCAAUUUCGAGAUACAAGUAGUCCACCGAAAGAUUUCAAUGAAUUUAUGGAAAAGAUGAGUGGAAGUACACAUCUCAAUCAAAAAUGAAUUGUGGUUUUUAGCUGUGAUAUGGAUUAGGUGAAUAAAUUUAUUGAAAAAUUAGUGGAAGUACACAUCUCAAUCAAGAAUGAGUUGUGAUUUUAAGCUGUGAUAUGGAUUAGAUGAAAUUAAUUUAUGGAAAAAAUUAGUAAAUGUACACUUUUCAAUCAUUAAUGAAUUGUGAUUUUUAGCUGUGAUAAGGAUUAGAUGAACAAUUUAUGGAAAAAUUAGCGGAAGUACACAUGUCAAUCAAAAAUGAAAUUUAGUGAUUUUUAGUUUAGGUGCAAUAGGUGAAUGUUCCUUCAAAUCAGUAAAUGAAAUGAAGUUGCAACGCCAGAUGCAAGGAAGAUUGACUGAGUCAUGACGGGAUUACAAAAAUUCAAAAUCAAACAGUCGCCAUUUUUCAUCACUUCAGGAUUUGAAUCACGAGUUUUGGUCUUUCCAAACAAAUAAUUCAAAAAAACACAAGAAAUGAUCAAGAUAGUUCCUUUUGGAUCGCUGAUCAUGAAUUUAUAGUCAGUUAUAAAGUCAGAAGACUAUCGUCGAGGAAUAUAAUCAAGGACGCUAUAUCUUGAGAUCGUUAUUAAAUGGAAUAAGGUAUGAACGAGAAAACGUCCUAUACAUUCUAAGAAACAAUUUUUCUACUAGUGUUCAUUACAGGUAUACUAGAAGUAGUAUAAGUGUAUAGAUUUGUACUUUACUUCGAAGAGAUACUGUAGAACCAGUGCCCCUUUUAUACAGUUCCGUGUGAUACUUUUGUAAAUUAUUUUUAUUUUACAAGUUAUCAACACACCAAAAAUUAUGGGGACUAAUGUUAGAUAAACGAAGAUAUAUUUUAUGCCCAGGGUGCCAUAUGUUGCCACAUUUAUAUAUUUAUAAAAUCAAUGUUUAUAUGUUCACUCUACUAUACCUUGCAUUUAGUGUUCAUGAGCAACCCAUUUGGCUUAUUAGUAAUGAUUAUGUAUUUGUUUUUAUUUGUCUGUUCCUUAUAAAUGGUUUAUCGGUUGAAGAAUAGAUGUUACUAAGGCACUUUCAAAAAUAUACUAAACAAUUCAAUUGGACAAACAAAGUAUCUUAUGCAUUUCUAGG